AUGGCAACAACUCUGGAUAACAGCAACAGCACUGGUUUGAAUAAGCUGCUGCCAAAGUCAAUAUCUUCUAAGCGACUUCGAAGAAAACAGGAUCGAGAAUUAGCAGGGCUGUCCCAAGAUGAUUCAAGUGUCUUUGCACAUUCGCAAUCCAGUCGCGAAACUUUAGAGAGCGACGGUACGCGCUCUGGGCAUGUCGCGGGCGACGAGGAUGAGGGCACAAGCCAGAGUCAGCACUCCUACGAGUCUGAUGGGAAUGAAUCAUCCAACUCUCGACAUCCGCCGCCCUUCUCGACUUAUCCUUCGCAAAUUGGUCAUCUGACAACAAAUUCUUCCGUCGUACAAGCCAAAUACCUACCUGAAUCUCAGCCUGCAACUUCCGACCUCGACUCCAAUAGUAGUGCGUCAAAGUCGUCCACUUAUCCACAAACGAUAUCCGAUUCGAUUGAUUCAAAAGAUACCCGGAUUGGCCGGAGUAAGACGGGCUUGGUUCCUCCCCAAAGCGCCGCUCGCCGCUCACCUUCCCCAGCUGGCAAACUGAAAGGAAUUUUCAGACCCAAAAAGAGUUCUGGUAAUAGUUCUAGCCCUGAACGUCGACCAUCGAGUGAACCCCAACCAUCGUCUGAGACGCUCGACCAUCAACGGCCCAUUCUCUCCGCGGAGCCUGGACCUGCCCAGACUUUUCCCGUUCUCGAACCACCAGCUGCAGCUAAGAUUGCUUCACCUGAGAAGCGAGCGAGAGUUCAGCCGAAGGUUGACACCAACGUCCCUCCUCGAACUCCUCCAAGUGGUGACAAACCUGCCCCGAUCAUAGUAAACACCCCACCUACACCUACCGAGCGUACCAACAGAUCCGGUCAGUCGUCUCCCGAGAGGCGAUCAAUCUGGGGCAGUCCGGGAACUAAUCCGGGCUCAAAUGGCCGUCCUUCCUCGCAAAACAUGAGCGCGAACAGAAGAAGUCGAUCCAAUUCAGCAAACAUCGGCCCAAGCAAACUAUCUAACUUUGUUUCUGCACCGCUGACACCAACUCAAGAGAGUGGUGAAGCAACCCCCAACGCAAACCCGAACCCUUCCGGUGGUUUCUUCUCGUCUAUGAUAUCGGCUGCCCAAAACGCUGCCAAUACUUUAAGCAACACCAGUCUAAACAUCGGUGGAAACAAGAAUCGAAGUGUGUCACAAAACAUACAGGACCCGACCGAGCUCAACGAUACCGAAGACGACGCUGAGCCUACCCCCACUGCAGAGAUGGCGGACAAGAAGGAAAAUAGAAAGUCUGCAGUAUCGACUAUCGGUGCAGGUGAACUGAGUCUCAGCCAGCUCGGCCUUGCUGAAGCUCCUAGUCUCGUUACAUCACCAAUCGCCGCCAGGUUUCCCGACAUUGAUACACGCGCUCGGUCCGAGUCUGCCCCUGUUGAUUCUCCCAUCAGUCCUGUAGACUUUGGUCCGGAGGAGCCGGCGAGCCGUCCGCGCUCACUUUACGAGCCUGUGAGCCGUGAACGCACGCCGCCUCCCCCAGACAAUGCGAAUAAGGAAAAUGGUGUGCAGCGAACAUCGAGUCUCCGAAGUGCUCUCAAACAAAGUCACAGAAAACGUGGAAGUUCUGUCACCACUGGUACCACCAUAGGUGCUGCAAUUGCUGCCGCUAACAGCUCGCUGGCGCAUCCAAAUCUGAGCGUCCCCAAGCUUACAGGAUUUGCCAUUGCCAGUAAGAAGCGAAACCGUGACUUUCAUGAUUUGUUCAAGAGUGUGCCAGAUGAUGAUUAUCUUAUUGAAGAUUACAGUUGUGCUUUGCAGAGAGAGAUUCUCGCGCAUGGCCGACUCUAUGUCUCAGAAGGUCAUCUUUGCUUCAGCAGCAACAUUUUUGGUUGGACCACAACUCUUGUUAUGAGCUUUGAUGAGAUAGUGUCUGUUGAGAAAAGGAGCACUGCGCUCCUGUUCAAGAAUGGUCUCAUGAUUUCAACCCUGCACGCCAAGCAUAUCUUUGCCAGUUUCACCAGCCGAGAUGCCACCUACGAUUUGAUCGUCAACAUAUGGAAAUUGGGACAUCCUACUCUUAAGAGUACGCUGAACGGGGUUAGACUGGAGGGUACUGGUGGUGACAAGACAGAAAAGGUGGAUGCUGAGCCUGCUGCUGAGGACGAGGUUCAGGAGGGUUCAGAGACAGAAGACGACAGCGAUGAUGACGAUGAAGAGGAGUACUACGAUGAGGAUGUUCAUGAGGAGAUGCACAAUGCCAGCAUGGCUACUGAGACUAACGGCACAGAGGCCGAGGUUGACAAGACCGCCUCAAGGAAAGCAUCGGGAGUAGCACUCCCAGGUGGAUCUGUGCCCGAAGAAACACCAGCCGCUUCCGGGAGCUCUACAGACUUCCCAGGUCCAGCUGCGCAUGCACCCACUGAUUGCGGCGAUUCCGCGUUGCACUACGACAGAGUGGUUGGAGAUGACAUUAUCCCAGCACCACUAGGCAAGGUGUACAACCUUAUGUUUGGCCCGGCUUCCGUUGCCUUCAUGUCCAACUGGCUAUCAGGGGAGCAAAAGUGCUUGGAGCUGCACCUAGACGACAAGAAGGGUCUCACCUUGGAUAACAGGACGCGCACAAUCACAUACAUCAAGCCACUGUAUGCAUCAAUUGGGCCGAGGCAGACCAAGACUAUUACCUCUGAGACGCUGGAGACGCUGGAUCUCGAGAAGUCGGUGAACAUGACAUGCUCAACUCAGACACCAGAUGUGCCAAGCGGAAACGUAUUCGCCGUCAAGACCAGAUACUGCCUCUCGUGGGCAGAGAAUAACUCUACCAGAGUGCAAAUGAACUGUACAAUCGAAUGGUCUGGCAAGAGCUGGCUGAAAGGUCCGAUUGAAAAAGGUGCAACUGAUGGGCAGACUACAUAUGGCAAGGACUUGUUCGCAGCUAUCAAGGCAGCAGUAUCAUCCAAGCCACAAGGUGUGGUACCGUCAGGCAUUGCACUCAAGGGAGGGAAAAAGAAGGGCAAGAAGGCUAAGCCAUCGCAAUCCAAUGCAGGUGUGGUCGAGAUCAAUACUGCACCCAAGCGUCCUGUUCAACAGAGCUGGGGAAUCCUAGAGCCGGUACGGGGGAUCUUGGAACCAAUCGGCGACAUCAUUCAACCUCUUAUUACGGGCAACGUUAUGUAUGGACUCCUGGUGGGGUUGCUGGUUGCCACGUGGUUUGGCUUUGGUUUCACCCCUAGCAGAAAUGCUCCAUACGGACACGAACUUGGGGGCGUGUACCGCCCCGACAGAAUUGCCGCCUACGAGGAGAUGUGGCGGCGGGAGGACAGCGAGCUUUGGGACUGGCUGGAGGAGCGUGUUGGAAUGGACCGCCUACAUAGCGACAACGCCGGUGUGCGCAAGAGAGCAAUGGAGCCAAAGACGGUGGAAGAAAACUUGCGCGCGACUCGAAUGGGUGAAAGGGAGGUGGAAGAGGCGAUUCGAGUUACAGAGGAAAAGCUACGAGUACUGAAGGGGGUUGUGGAGAAGAAGAGCAAACCUGCCAGAUCGGCCAGUGAGGAGGCACGAUCGCAGGAACUCUAG